GUUUUCUGAUGUUUUCUGCGGACCGGAAAGGGAAUGGGGAAUGUGCGUAGAUCUACGGCGAUUUCAUCCAUUCCAACUAAACCUUGCGCGCUGGCGAAAGUAGCAGCUACUGCUAGCACCAGCACUGCAUCACUAGCAUAUGCACACCGCACCGGCGUUGGUGAGUCCUUGGCAAGAGGCUAGUGCCUGCGCGUCAGUGUUGUGUUGGACGACAUCGCCGGAGAUUGGGAGCGCUAGCGAGCUAGAGCGCAGCAGAUCUAGAGGUCGGAGAUGAGACGCGGAUGGCGGCAGAGGAGCUAGCAAUGUCCUCGGCGCACCCACCACCAUCCUCCGCCGUCAUGCAGCUGUCCCCGGUACGUGGCGGAGGCGGCAGCGCAGCAGCAGCAGCAGCCGUACAAGGUGGUGCGUCCAUUGCCACCGUCAACGCGAGUGCUGGCAAUAACGGCGACAGUAAGUCAGCGACACACAGCGUGGCGAAGCAGCUCAACAAGCUCAAGAGCUUUCUGGGCACGCUGCAAGCGUACAGGGACCCGAACGAGGAUGAGCUGACGCUGGUGAAUCGGCGAAAGCGAAUCGACGUUGCCAUUGACAGUCUAGUGACAUGUGCGAUACAGAUCGAGCAGUUCUUUGACCAGUUGAAGGCAAGCGGCUAUCCGAUAACGGACUCGGAAAUUGCUGCGGUGCACCCUGUUGUGAAACAUGGCUUGCCGCUGCUGAAGGCUGAGAUGAGCCACACCAGUACUGGCAGUGCUACCAGAGUGGAGCGGCCCUAUGUUAACGACCAAGCUCCAGAGGAACCGGCGCCACGGCAUUCAUCAUCGUAUGACCGGCGGCGGGGUGAAAGGCAGGCGUGGGUGGAUCUGGAACCUUCAGCUAAACGGCAAUACUCGAAAAACGAUGCGAAGAGCAAUGGGCAGCAACCGUCGCGAGCUGAACUCCACGAGAGUCUUCAAGGUGUGUACUAUCAGCUGCAAGUGCUCAUGGAGCAGCUCGGUCACACGCUCUAUGCCCUGAACGCUAUGGACACAGAUCCAGGCACAGCCAUGCCACCGGGAGCAGAGGUCGCCAUGCAUGCGCAUGGGCCUCCACCGCCAUCUGCCAUCGCACGGCCGACGGCCUAUGUCGAAGCCGGCAGAAGUUUACGGCCUCCGCCCAACAAAUCAACAUCGCCGCCAGCACACAUCAGCCGAGGACCGGCGGCUGCCUAUCACAUUCAGCAGCAAGCUGGGCCGCCGCCGCCGGCAAUGCAGGCAGCCCCUCCGCCGUCCUCGAUACGCGCCACCGCUGCUGCGGCUCACCACCACCAGCAGCACGUGAAAGUGUACAGCACGCCUGGCGGCUCUUCGGCGCACGCGGCACAAGCACCGCCGUCGACGUCGCAUCACCACUCGGCCACCAGCGCCACACAAGACAUUGUCAAGUCGACUUCUAGCAAGCUGCCCGGCGCCUCUCCCUCGUCCAAUCGCAAGGAGUCCUCGAAAAGCGGCAAGCACCGCGAUGAGAAGAAGCACCGCUCCUCUACAACAACGACAACAACUACAGAGACAUGCUGGAGCUGCGGGGCACCGGCGUCAGAGACGUGCAGUCGCUGCAAGAAGGCGCGCUACUGCGGCUCGGUGUGCCAGCGCAUGGACUGGAACGAGAAGCAUCAUCGUGACUGCAAGAGUCCCAACAAGACUAGUACUAGUGGCGGACAGUAGGUAUAUAAUUCCAGGUCGUCUAUCCACCCUUGGGAGCAAACGCCAAUACCACCAGCACUGCCCCGGAGAUCCAUCAGCAGCGUAGGCAAUGUCUAGAGUGGUGCAUUGUUCCGAGACGGCGGGAACAAACCCGCGCGCCUUGUGAACACGCGUACGCGAGUACACCAGUGUCGCUGCACACUACAGGCUGUCACCUUGAUGACUGUGCUGCUGACAUGUGCACUGCUCUAGCUAGGCCAGGCCCGGGUACGCUCUCGAGUCGGUUGAGAAUAUCUCCAUGCACCUGUGCAGCCCCGGCGCCAGCGCUGUAGUGCGGCGGAUAUGGUUUUACGCGCUGACGUGCUCCUGGCUCUCAGAUACCUUCCCACCGCCAUAUAAGAAUCUGUGUGUGUUAUCCCCGGUAUGCCCCAUGUGCAAGGUUGACUGCAUGCCUCCGCUCUGCUGUGGAUAGCAGCAGCACCACCAUUGAGAUUACGAUGGGGCACAUCGUUCCUGCUUUCCUUUCCGCAUUGCUGCUGCUGCUGUACAAUCACGCUGCACACGCUGCACACGCGCACUUUCACAUGGCAGUGAUCUAGCACUGUUGAAGCAUGGUGAGAAAACCGUCAAAAAUUAUCCGGUUACAAACGCAUACGUGCACGAAUGUCCAUUUCCAUUUCCUGCCACCGGACAUUCAAGCGCUCCGCUGCAAAGUUGAAGAAGCUACGAGACACACCCUGUAGUAUCGGCUCUCCAUUUACUAGUACAAUUGUCUCCUUUAAACCAAUUACUGUCCGCUACAACUUACAGGUCUAUUACUCCAACCACACACACACACACGAACACUACAGUCGACUGUCCAAGACACAGAGUCUAGUGGCUCCAUCGCUGGCUCUUGCACAGUGCGUCUUCUGCUUAUUCUCCAAUGUUCGAUCCUCAGGUACCUGCUGUGUACUCCAACAGUGUGCUUGUAAGCUAUAGCUGUUCGUUACAGCUAUACCACUCCCGCCGGUGCGGGAGAUCAAUCGUUGUUAGAUUUGUAGUGUCACUCCCGGUGCGGGAGAUCAAUCGUUGUUAGAUUUGUAGUGUCACUCCCGGUGUGGGAUAUCAAUCAUACUACUGCUGAUUCUGUUGUCACGUUUGUUGUUGUUACUGGAGUUGCGAUACAGCUUCCAAUCUCUCUCUUGUGUUGUUUAACUAUUGUAAAUUUGUUGUUGUUACUCCUGUAGUAUCGUUGCUACCCUGUGCUUGAUAGCCAUUUCUGUUCCACAGUUGACGCGCCUUUCAGCUACUACUAUUUUCUAGUUGAUAGUAUUCCAUGUGUGAAUUUCACCAGACACCUG